AUGUUUCCUCGACUUACCACUAUCAUAUCUUUGGGAGCACUCCUUGUCCACAAUGUGUCAAGUGAAGCCCUUGAUAUUCCCAGCAGCUUAAUUCAGCGUCCAAAUAUUCAAAUUGGGCCUUACCACACUGGAAAGCCAUUUCCAGUAUCCGCAGCACGCGAUCCAAACAAGCUCUGCCGCGUCAAGGCAGAACGAUGCAAGGAUUCAGCACCCGCCAUCCUCAAGGCUUUCAAAGACUGCAACCAUGGCGGGACGGUGAUUCUGGAUGGAAAUUACACCAUAGCGUCGCCGUUGGACCUGACGUUCCUUGAUAGUAUAGACGUUGCAAUUCUCGGAACAAUCAAAUUUACGGACAAAUGGGAGUAUUGGGUCGAGCACUCUUUCAAAUACGCGUUCCAAGACUCGUCCACGUUCUGGCGCUUUGGAGGGAAAGAUGUCAAUAUAUUUGGCCAUGGUCUCGGGACCAUUGAUGGGAAUGGGCAGAUAUGGUACAACAUGGCCCCUUACAAUAGCACACUUCUCCGGCCCCUCCUAUUGAUGAUCGAUGGCCUUCACGGUGGCUCAAUAACGGGGUUGAAUUUACUUAAUCCGCCAAACUGGUUCUCCUUGUAUCACAACAGUUCAGACCUCUUCAUUUCUGACAUGAAUCUUCUUGCGUUCAGCACCAACUCGACGGUAAGCCCUCGGAACACAGACGGUUUUGAUACGCUUCGCACGUCCAAUGUGAUCAUACAGAACUCGGUUGUUCACAACACAGAUGAUUGUGUUUCAUUCAAGCCGAACAGCUCCUCUAUCGUUGUACAGAACCUCCAGUGCCAUGGCUCACACGGCAUCUCGGUUGGUUCACUCGGUCAAUAUCUGGGCCAGGUCGAUAUUGUUGAAGAUCUUCACAUCUACAAUAUUUCUAUGGCCAAUGCCACAGAUGGCGCUCGUCUCAAGGUCUGGCCAGGCAUUGCUCCCGGCGAGACAAAGACCAAUGUUGGUGGCGGCGGUGGUUAUGUUAAGAAUGUGACCUACGAUCUUUUCCAGAAUAUGAACAAUGACUGGGCAAUUCAGAUUGACCAGUGUUACGGUGUCUCAAACAAGACUCUAUGCCAGGAAUAUCCGUCAAAUAUGACAAUGUCCGAUGUUCUCAUUAAAAACAUGUCCGGGACCACAUCUACGAAGAAUGACCCGAAAGUUGGACAACUCAUCUGCUCGUCUCCAGAAAGGUGUCUUAACUUCCGCGCAACAAACAUUACAGUCCAGCCACCGAGUGGGAAGUCGGCGCAAUGGACAUGCUCAGGAUUCGACACGUCGGGCCUCGAAGGAUUCCAGUGCGUUGGCAUAUAA